AAAUCAAUCGAAGUUUUUACUGAAAAUGUAUCAGUAGACCAAUAAAAAUUAAAUGAAAAAGUAACAAAGCUAUUUUUGAGAUUGAUUACCAGUAUUAUAUAUAUAUUAUAAUAUUUGCAAGGGCUAAACACCUAAAUUAAAAAGCAACUUAUUGAAAUCAAAAAUCGAUCAAUUAUUCUUAAUAAAAGUAAAAUUUUUGUAUUAAUUUUUUAAGUAUCAAAGAAUUCUACAAUAAAAAUUGGAAUGAGAACUUAAGUUGUAAAUCUUUGGAACUUCAAUAAUGUUUAAACUGCAGAUAAAGAAGCUUAAAUUAAAUAUGCAUAUUCAAAGCAUUAAUAAUAGCUAAAAUAACUUAAUUCUUCAAAAAAAACUACAUUUGACACAGAAGCCCCAUAUUAAAAGAAAAAGCGUAAUGUAGCAUAUUCUAAACCUAAUAAAGAGAGAUAGUUUAUAAUUGAAUAAGAAAAUGGUGCAUUAAUUCAUAAGAUGAUUGAUGUGAAAAAAAAGGAUGGAGAAUACAGUAAAAAACUCUUAAUAAAAUCAAUUUAAAGCUCUACAGCUCCUAAAAGCUUAUUUCUACCUUUAAAAUAGGCUACUGAAAAAAAAGUUAAUUCUGAAAAUAUAGCUAUGACCAUGCGUCUUAGAAAUGCUAAUUCAACUAUUAAUUUCAAAACAUUUGAUAAAGAUUUUGCAUAAAAUAUAAAAUAUAAAUCUAAUAUCACUAAUAGAUCAAGGAGAAUAUAUAAUUGUUUUUUAUUGAAUGGAAGUUAAACAUCUAUGCUAGGAAAGAGUAGUCUUUCUUCUUCAUUGUAUUAAUAGACAGGAAAUAUAAGACAUGUUUCAUAGGAUGAUAAAAGCAAAUUCAUAAAUGCAUACAAUUUAGUAGAUAGUCCUCCUAAAUAAAACAAAAAAAGUAAAAAGUAGGAAUAAAAUGAACCGAAUUAGCAUGCUGAAUAAUAGCCUAUUUAAGAUAAAAAAUAAGAAAACUAAUCUUAGGAAGACCAAAUAGAAGAACAAAUUGUUUAAAAUUAAUAACCUUCAAAUGAUUAAAAUACUAAUUAAUAAGAUUAACAAAAAUAAAAUGAAGGGGGUUAAAAUAAUAAUUAAACUAGUGAAUAGUAAUAAAAAUGA